UAUUUAUUGUGGUUUAAUAAAAAGCUUAUUAUAUAUUUAGAUGGACCAACCUAUUUUUCUAAGGAUUCUAAAAAUCAUUCUAGUGAUGACAUGUGGGUACAAAAAAAUGUUGCAAUACUUCUCAAAUAAUAUAUAGGAAAUGUCAUUUUAAAAUUAAGAGAUGGAUAUGGCUUACUAGUCACUACCAAACACCUCGGUAAUGUAGAACUUAGCAUAGUAUUUACUGAAAUUACGUAACUAGUCGCAAAUGUUUUUCAGUUUCAUACGCUUUAUGUUUCAUUGUCAUUUUGACAUUUUUCACGAAAAAUAUGAAAAUUGUAUAUUUCCUACCGUUCGAUUUUAUUGUCAUUUUAGGUUUGUACACAUAUAUUAAAAAAACAUUUAAUUUUGUAUAUUUUUACUAGAAAAACAUCAUACCUAUACACCUAAUCAUAUUUUAACCAAUAAGAAAAUUAAUAGGGGAUUAAUAUUAAUAAAUUAUAUCUUGAAACUUUAAAACGACCACUUAUUUUGUGACGAAAUUUUUUCUCUAGAACAACAAAUAAUUUGAAACGGAGAGAGUAAUAGACUAAUAUAUCUCUAUUUAGUGUACAAUUAAUUAAAUGAAAAUGCUUUAAAUAAAAAUUUAUUGGUUAUUCAAAAGGAUAAAAAAUAAGUAUAAAUUUACAUUGAAAUUGUAAAAUAUACUUAUUUUGAAACAAAAUAAGUAAAGUGACACUUAUUAUGAAACUGAGAGAGUAAUACACACACGAAUUAAAAAACUGUUAAUUAUCUAUUUUUUCUAUUUAAUAUAACUUUUUAUUUAUAUUAAUUAAUGAAUUAAAAAUGAUAAACAAUACUCUCUCCAUAUCACUUUAAGUGGUAUUUAAAGAAAAAAAACUGUUUCAAAAUAAUUGAUGUUGUCAUUAUUCUAGAUUGAAUUUAUUACCGUUUGAACUUUGUGACUAAUUGCAAAUACUGAAUUUUGUAUUGGUUUAAUUAAUUUCAUAUAAUGAUUUUUUUAUGUAACCAAGAUAAAUUGUAUAAAAGUUUGUAUUUUUUUUAAUCGAUGUGCAAAAACCUUAAAAACCACUUAAAGUGAUACGGAAAGAGUAAGAAAAUUAUGUAAUAUUUGCAUUGGAAAUGUAAAAUGCAAUGUUUUAAGAACCGGACCGGUCACGGACUCGGCAUUGUUACUGGAUGACUGGUCAAAUUGCUCCAACCGGUUCAACCGGGUUCAUUUAAUAUAUAUUUUAAAUAUAUGUAUAUAUGUAACAAUGUGACAAAAGUGAAAAUACCCUGAGAAAUAUUUAAAGUAAUUGUGACCACUAUUGUUUAUAUAACUAGUUAAAGUUAAAAAAAUAUAAACAAUGCAUACUAAUACUAAAUCAACGUGUACGAGUACUAAAUAUAUAACACGGAAUGUUUAUAUAAUCUCUUUAAAUUAAUACUUUAUAAAUUAAUAUACACUAAAAUCUCUAUAAAAUAAUAUAAUUUUAUAGUCUCAAAUCGAGUUUUUGGUUCAAUUAGUAUAUCGAUAAAUUGAUAUCUCUAUGAAUUAAUAAAAAAUUAUAGUUUUGGUGUAAUUUCAAUAUUAUUAAUUUAUAGAGGUUUCACUAUAUGUAUGUGUAAUGAAAAGGAAACACAUGUGAAAAGAAAAUUAAAUAAAAGGAAAGAAACUAUUUAGGUUUAUAAAGGUAAAAUUAAAAAUCGGGAAUCAAAUAAAAAGUUACCAUUUGUGCAUCUAAAUUGAUUAAUUUAUGUUCAGUAUUUGGUUGAACAAGGUUUUUCUAUUGACCCGAAGUACCGAUUUUGCCGUUUUUUUUACUGCUUUUGACGGUUUAAUUUAAGUCAAGUUUUUUUUAUUAAAACCAGACUCGUUUUACUAACCAAUUCACGGUUGGACCGGUCCGGCCGGCAGGUCCGAUCCGAUUCUAAAAACAUUGGUAAAAUGACACUUAUAAUAAAAUAAAAUUUUAAAAGUAAAAUGAUACUUAAUACGAAACAGAAAAAAUAUAAAAUUAAUGUUUCUAUAUAACGUUUCCAAUUAAAACUAAUUAAAUUUAAAUUAUUGAAUGAUACGUUUCAGGUGACAAAUGCAUACGAGUUAGCUAUCAACCCCAGGCUUUAUCUUUGCAAGAAUAACUAAACUCAUCAUGCUUUAUUUUAGGAUUUUAACAAAACAAAACAAAACAUUUCAAACAUUCAUGAUCCCAAAAAGAUAUUUGCCGAACCAAUCUCCAAUAAAAGCUUUGAAAUUUCAAGCUUGCAAGAGAUUCAUAAAUUUAAGUAUAAAAAAAAAUGUGUAUUCACACUUUUAAAGACUCAACUGAGAAAUCUUAAUAAUUAUGCCUUAAUAAGAUAUUAACAGUGUAACUAAUUUAUAGGCAGACUGAAAAAAAACAAAAAAUGGCUAAAAGUCACGUGAUAGCUGUCUGUUUCGUGCUUACAGCCGUUGGAUAAGUCGUAUUGCCGACUUGGAUGGGGGGAUUGCUGUGGAGUGAGAAGUAGAUAAUAAACAGCUCAUGAUUAAAGGCCGUAUGAUUGUCGUUUUCGGUAAUACUUUAGAGGCUUUUGACCAAAAUGGGCCGUUGAAUAACCCGAACCGUUAACCCAAGACAUUUGUAUUAUUCUUUUAUUUCACUUAUUUGAAUAGACUGAUAUUCUUUUGAAAAUACGAAUUUAUUUGGGGUAAAAUGACUCCAGAAGUUACAGAUUCCUCUGACGUAUAACUGGAUUUAUUUAGGUGAAAUUAACUAACUAAAAUCUAGUAACAAUUAUGCUGUAUCACAUUUGAAAUCAAUAUUUCUCAAUGAGUAUUCGACACUAUUUAUUUUGUAUCGGAUAAGAUUAUUUGUUAAUUCUACAUAUAAUUUAUUAUUUGUUAACUAUACAAAAAAAUAAAUAACAUUUGAUAUAUUCCAUAUUUUAUUUAAUAUCACGAGUCAAAAUGUUUAGUGACUUUUGUUUGAAUUCACACUAGGUAGCUAGAUGCUUGAGUUACACCGUUCUAUUAGAAAAAAAAAAUAUGAAUGACAUUUGCCAAAUAAUCAAGAAUAUCAUAAUCACAACAUUUGUUUUUGCUUUUCCAUAAACAGUUACAACUAACUUAAAUGCAGACAAAACUAAAUACAAUUACAAUUGAUCCAGAGUAGAAUAUAUAAAUUUUAAAACUUCAAUUGAGAAAAUCCAUAUACAAAAGACAAAUAAUUUCAUUUUCAUCUUAUUCUAGAAAAAUCCAAUUAAAGCCUAAUUAUUACAAUUUAAAACCAUUUUGUUUUCUUCUUGUUAUAAAUAUCUUUCAAUCAGAAAAAAAAAACAAUUUCAUUUCCUUUGUCUUCUCCAUUAUAUCUCUCUACCAAAUCUGGAAGAGAAAAAAAACAAAACCGAAGCUUAUAAUAGAGAGACGAACUCGAUUUUGUUAUAAGAUGGAUAAGAGCUGCAACUCCUCCCGCGACUCUUCCGCCGUAUCAGCCACCGCAACGAGUAGUACUGGUAACAACAAUACAGGAGGGAACAGAGAUCAUCAUUACCUGAGACAACUCAAUAAGCUUUCUCAUAAGAUAUCAAAACCAACAGUAGCCUCCUCCUCCUCGUCCGUCUCCGCCGCCGUGAAUCAAGAAACUAGUCACCAACCGCUUCCUCCUCCUCCGCAGCAACCGCCAAUUAACCACGGGAACCUCCACCAGCACCAGCCUCCUGUUUACAACAUCAGCAAGAGCGAUUUCAGAGACGUUGUUCAGAAACUCACCGGCUCGCCUGCGCACGAACGGAUCUCUGCUCCUCCGCCGAUUCACCACCCUAGGCCUCAGCAGAGUUCGCGUCUACACAGGAUCCGUCCUCCUCCUUUAGCUCACGUUAUCAACCGCCCUCCUGGCUUGCUAAACGACGCUCAUCGUAACUGGAGCGGGGGGUUUGUCCCGAGACCGACAGCGCCGCUUUCUCCUCUCCCUCCGCUUCCUCCGGUUCACGCGGCGGCGGAAUCUCCGGUCUCCUCCUACAUGCGGUACCUUCAGAACUCGAUGUUGUCUGGACCAUCGCCGUUAGCUCCUUUGGUCUCGCCUCGAUGGUAUCAACAACAGCAACAGGAAAACGCUCCGCCGCCGGAAAUCAACAGCCGCCCUCCCCAUCCUCAGUCGGCUCCGGCGCAGCAGUCGUUUGGAUGUUUAAGCUCGCCGAAAUCACCUUACGGAUUACUCUCGCCGAGCUUACUGUUAUCGCCAUCGUCAAGUCAGUUAAGGUUUCCUGGAUCUCCGACGACGGUGCCGCUUCCUAGCCCUAAAUUUAAAGGUCACUGAUCUGAUCAGAGAUGCAAACUCCUUGUCGGUCCGAAUUUUUAAUACGUCGUCGUUUUGAUCGUCAGGAUGAAAUUCCCUUUGUUCUUUUUGUACAUCAUUAGGGGUGGAUGAUGAUUUGUUUUUUUUUUAAACCUCACAAAUUACUUUGUUAUGUUCAUGUUAGAAAAACAGAAGGAAAAGAAAGGAUUACACUUUUCUUGAUCA